CCUUUAAUCUUUUCGUUCAUAUUCACAUCCUUUCGCAUAUAUACAAUAACACUUCAUUUCAAGGAUCAAACUUGAUUAAUUUACCGAUCAUGGUUCGAUUUGUAUUCGUGCGAGUUGAUCAUUACCCCUCGAGUGGGAACAACACGAGUGAUGAUUCUUCCCACGUAAAAGACACUGGUUUCGAUGUGAACACAAUCGUGGUCCUAGCAGCCUUAUUGUGCACAUUAAUAGGAGCCCUUGCACUCAACUCAAUUAUACAUUAUGCAUUAAGGCGUACACGGGCUUUAUUAGAUCCUGAAGUAACUAAGACUGAAGGUCUCAAGAAACAAAACAUAAAGAAAAUUCCUGUGGAGGUUAUAAAGUUAAGAGGUGAAGAAGUUCUAGCAGCUGAAUGCUCCAUUUGUUUAGGACAUUUUGUAGAUGGAGAAAAGGUAAGAGUGUUGCCUGAAUGUAACCAUGAAUUUCAUGUCAAGUGUGUUGAUCAGUGGUUGCUUGACCAUAUGUCAUGCCCGAAUUGUAGGCAUUUGGUGGCUGUACCGCCUAUAUAGCAACGCCUUUUGAACAUGAAUCUGGCCAGCAAGGCGUUGGUGGUUGUAGCCCUUGUCUCUGGAGAUAGAGAUCAAAGGUUCAAUCCUCAUGCCCAACAAGGCUAGAGGUCUUUUUCCAAUGUUGUUAGAAUCUGGAAGCAGUCUUUUUAUCUUUGGUAGGGGAUAAGGUUGUCUACCUUUCAACCUACCUCGUACACUGUCAAACCCAAAACCAAUAGAAGAUAGUAUUUGGGGUUACUUCUGUCUUAAGCUGUUAUUAGUUGUCCUAGCUUUUGAGUUUUCGACGUAUGAAGAGAUUAGUUGUAGCUUGUACAUAUUACAUGGUUAUAUAUUAUCUUUGGUAAUUUGUAAAACACUUUGUGCUUAAAAGGUUAUAGUAAAUCUUUUGACAAACUGUGGAUUAUUGGUAUUUCUAGGGACAAAUGAUGUACUAGAUUACUAGAUUA